CGAAGCCGAUUGAGGGAGGGACAAAAUGGCGGGGCGUGGCGGGGCGGCGCCAUUUGUCGGAAGUCUUUCUAUUGACACAAACUCCGGCGCCCGCUCGGAGUCGCGGAGGCUGAAGACGCUGGGUUUUCCUUCAGAGCGAAUAUUGAAAACAUCAGGCCAUUCACAAUGCUGUACCGUGCUUCUCUUCUUCCUUCUCUACGUUCCUCAGGACGAUUCUGGCGGCAAUCUGAUGUAGCUGGCUCCCACCCCUGUCUUCUGGCUCCUAACCUGGUCUUGAGGAAUACGUGCGCCCGAGGUUGGAGUAACAUACCUUUUAUCACAGUGCCUCUCAGCCGAACCCAUGGCAAGUCAUUUGCGCACCGCAGCGAACUGAAGCAUGCCAAGCGAAUUGCGGUGAAACUAGGGAGUGCUGUUGUGACUCGAGGAGAUGAAUGUGGCCUUGCCUUGGGGCGCCUGGCAUCCAUCGUUGAGCAGGUAUCGAUGCUACAAAACCAGGGCCGGGAAAUGAUGAUUGUUACCAGUGGGGCUGUAGCCUUUGGCAAACAGCGCCUCCGCCAUGAGAUCCUGCUCUCACAGAGUGUGAGGCAAGCUCUCCACUCGGGACAGAAUCAGCUUAAGGACAUGGCCAUCCCUGUGCUAGAGGCUCGAGCCUGUGCCGCGGCUGGUCAGAGUGGGUUGAUGGCACUAUAUGAAGCCAUGUUCACUCAGUACAGCAUCUGUGCUGCCCAGUUCUUUUCUUCUUUCCAGAUACUGGUCACCAAUUUGGAUUUUCAUGAUGAGCAGAAGCGUCGAAAUUUAAAUGGAACUUUACAUGAACUAUUAAGGAUGAACAUUGUUCCCAUCAUCAACACCAAUGAUGCUGUGGUUCCUCCCCCAGAACCAAACAGUGAUCUACAGGGGGUAAACGUAAUCAGUGUGAAGGACAACGAUAGCUUAGCAGCACGGCUAGCAGUGGAAAUGAAGACCGACCUGCUGAUCAUUCUUUCAGAUGUCGAGGGUCUCUUUGACAGCCCCCCUGGAUCAGAUGAUGCAAAGCUCAUUGACAUAUUUUACCCCGGAGAUCAGCAGUCCGUGACAUUUGGAAACAAAUCGCGAGUGGGAAUGGGUGGCAUGGAGGCCAAGGUGAAAGCAGCCUUGUGGGCUCUCCAAGGAGGUACCUCAGUAGUGAUUGCAAAUGGAACUCACCCUAAGAUCUCUGGCCAUGUCAUUACUGACAUUGUAGAAGGGAAAAAAGUUGGCACCUUCUUUUCAGAGGUGAAACCUGCAGGUCCAACAGUGGAGCAGCAAGCUGAAAUGGCUCGAGCAGGAGGCAGGAGUUUGGCAGCACUACAACCUGAACAGAGAGCAGAAAUCAUCUAUCAUCUUGCUGACCUUCUGACAGACCAGAGAGAAGAGAUUCUUCAAGCCAACAGAAAGGAUCUGGAAGAAGCCGAGAGCAAAGGAAGACUGGCUCUACCUCUGUUGAAGAGACUCAGUCUGUCAACUUCCAAGCUGAAUAGUUUGGCCAUUGGGUUACGUCAGAUUGCAGCGUCUUCACAGGACAGUGUUGGCCGGGUCCUCCGAAGAACACGAAUUGCAAAGGAUUUGGAGCUCGAGCAAGUGACUGUACCCAUCGGGGUCUUACUAGUAAUUUUCGAAUCUCGACCCGACUGUCUUCCCCAGGUAUCUGCAUUGGCUAUUGCUAGUGGAAAUGGUUUGUUGCUUAAAGGAGGAAAAGAGGCAUCAUAUAGUAAUCAACUCCUUCACCACUUGACUCAGGAAGCACUUUCUAUCCAUGGUGUGAAAGAUGCAGUGCAGCUGGUAAAUACCAGGGAAGAAGUGGAAGACCUUUGUCGUUUAGACAAGCUGAUAGAUCUGAUUAUCCCCCGUGGCUCAUCUCAGUUGGUACGGGAUAUCCAGAAAGCUGCUAAAGGAAUCCCAGUAAUGGGUCACAGUGAAGGGAUUUGUCAUGUGUAUGUGGAUCUUGAAGCCAGUGUUGAGAAGGUCACCAGAAUAGUGAGAGACUCAAAAUGUGAAUAUCCUGCAGCCUGCAAUGCACUGGAGACCUUGUUGAUACACCGGGAUUUGUUGAGAACCCCUGUGUUUGACCAGAUAAUUGACAUGCUGCGUGUGGAGCAGGUGAAAAUUCAUGCGGGCCCCAAAUUUGCCUCAUAUCUGACGUUUAGUCCCUCAGAGGUGAAAUCCCUCCGCACAGAAUAUGGGGACCUGGAGUGCUGUAUUGAAGUCGUGGACAGUGCGCAGGAUGCUGUUGAACACAUCCACAAGUAUGGGAGUUCCCAUACGGAUGUCAUCAUUACAGAAAAUGAGAAAACAGCUGAAUUCUUCCUUCAGCAUCUGGAUAGCGCCUGUGUGUUCUGGAACGCCAGCACCCGCUUCUCUGAUGGCUAUCGCUUUGGGCUAGGGGCUGAGGUUGGCAUCAGCACAUCGCGCAUCCAUGCCCGUGGGCCAGUGGGAAUCGAGGGGCUGUUGACGACCAAAUGGUUGCUAAGAGGGCAGAACCACAUCGUUUCUGAUUUCUCAGAGCAGGGAAGCAUGAAAUUCCUUCAUGAAAACCUUCCCAUUCCUCAGAGGAACACCAACUGAGCACUCAAGUGGAGAAUGGGAUGUUAAUGGACAACGCUAUGGUUUCAGAACCUAAUCUGGAUGGAUCUUCGCUUCCCAGAAUGCAGUGUUUUCUGCAAUAUAGGCUUUCUGAAAACUUUGGGGCCUGCUUAAAGUGGAGACUUGGAGGCUGUAUUUUGUGCUCAAGUUAUUUCUCCCACUCAAACAGCACCACAAUGGGGAUGGCAGGUACAGAUAAGGAUUUGUUUGCUCCUUCAGAAAAGAAAAGUCUCCAACUCUCCUCAUUUCACUCCAUGAAGUGGAUUGGUAGUGAACCUAUUUAUUGAUCUUAAUGUCUCUUUUUCCAUUCCAAAAAUUCCAGAUUUUCUUCUGAUACUUUUCUUACUUUGAGAAACUAGUGGGUAGAAUGAGUUUUCUCCUUCCUUUGGAGAUUAGAAAUCUCCAAAGGAAUUGCAAUGAAAGUGCUCUUCUGAUUUAUGUCUUAUUUAAAAUAUUACACCACUUUAAUAAAUAUUCCAAGUUAAUUAAAGCAAGGCUUCUCGUGGCCAGUUACUAAUUGAUUGGGAAUAAGAGGGGAAGAGAAUCAUAGUUGAAUAAAUUGUUUUCAUGAUUCAAAGACAUAGCUGAGUUUGUUUGGCAUAUGAGUUUGCAAAUUAGAAAUACAUCUGAGGAAGUAGGCUUUUUCUGUGAAAGCUUAUGCUACCAUGUUUUUUUCUCUCAGUCUCAGAGUUGCUACGUGAUCCCUUUACACAUUGUUUUCUUGAUGACCCUUUUAUGACUAUUUGUACUAAAUAUUUUUUGUUCAUGGAUUUUAUAUGGAAUUUUGUUUCUCUUGGGAGAGUGAAAAUAUUUUUCAAUUUUCUUGUUUUUUCAAAUAAAACUCACUUGCAAAAUCA